AUUUGGUUUUAAGUAUGUCAAACGACAGCGAUAAUUAUUGUCAUGUAUGGGCAGUAGAUGAUGAAAAAAUGGAAGAUGAUUUGUUAGAGAGUCGAAUUUUUUCCAUUGAUGUUCAUGCUUCCUUCACAUACUCGAACCAGGAAGAUGACGAAGAAUUAGACCUUCAAUCUUACAUCGAGUGUUACGAAAGUGUAACUCUACGAAGUAUUCAUGAAGUGCAAUUUGAUCAUAUGAUUAGAGAUCCUCAAUCUGCCAUUCGUGACAUGCUUGUUUCCAUGCACGUUCCAGUGGAGGAUUCCAUGAUACAUAAAAUAUCAGCCUGUGUCCAUCGCAUGUCAAACGACGAUAAUUACAAAAGCCGAAAAGUUUUGAGGAUGUGCGUAAACAUUGAUGUUAUGGUUUCUCAGUUGCCAUUUUCUGAUGACAAUCUAACAAUGAUCCCUGCGAGUAAGGCCGCCAUAGAAGGGUUGGAGAAAGUGUUAGUUGAAAAUCCCAUUAAUUGUACAAUUUGUCUGGAUAAUCUCUGCACUGGUUCUGAAGCCAAACGGAUGCCUUGCUCACAUUUAUUUCAUGACCAUUGCAUUGUUCGUUGGCUUCAGAUGAGUAAUUUUUGUCCAAUAUGUCGAUUUGAGAUUUAAGAAUAAUAGUUUGUUA